AUGCUGCAAGAAAACUCAACUUUAAAAGAUGUUGAAGAGCACAUUCCCUAUGCCGAAGUUGGAGAAAAUUGUCUGGAUCUGCUCUCUGCCGAAGUAGUAGGCUUAUCAUUGAUAUCGAAGUUUAACGAUGUUCAAUUACCCAAAGUUUCGGAACUGAAAUGGUUAGUUUCAGAUCAGGACACUCCCCAGAAACUUUUGCCUUUACCUAGUCAAAAAACUCCUAUGACACAAGAAGAAAGCUUAGUUCGCUCAAGAACGCGUGGAAAUAAAUUUUGGGCCCCUCCAAGACCACAGAUUAUAUUUACUGACCAACCACAACCAAAUAGAAAACAACAGAUAAAGAUACAAAAUAAUCUAUGUGCUGGAUGUGGAAUGCAUGUCGCGCAAUCUUACAUUCAUAGCUUUCGAUAUUGCUCUUAUUUUGGUAAAUAUCAUUGCACUGGAUGUCAUCGCAAUCAAAUUUCUACCAUUCCUGCGAAAAUACUUCAACUGUGGGACUUUAAGUGCUAUCCAGUAAGCGUCUUCGCAUAUCGUUUGUUAGAGCAAAUGUAUUCGUAUCCUUUAUUUUAUGUGCCUGAUAUUAAUCCUGCGUUAUAUAUACAAAAUAAAAUACUGCGGAACGCGCGUAAAAAACGUUUUCAACUUGGCUUUGUUAAAGACUUCAUACGAGCAUGUCGUUUUGCUGUUGAGGAAAACAAAUAUUUUGAUGCUAUACCAAAUCAUAUUGCAAGUGAACUAGACGUGUGGUCAAUGGCCGAUUUUAUUGAUGUAGAAAAUAAAAGUAUGAAACGUUCCAUUGAUGAGCUGAUAUCCAAUUGCGAAGCGCAUAUUUUCAAUUGUGUGCUCUGCAUUGGUAGAGGUUUCAUUUGUGAAUAUUGCGAUAAAAGUGAAGUCAUAUACCCUUGGCAAAAGAAUACAUUUCGUUGUGAUCGGUGUGGUUCAUGUUUUCAUUUACAAUGUUGGAAAGGAAUGGUAGAACAGUGUUGUAAAUGCCAUAGAAUGAAUAAGCGGAGGAAUGAAAAUACAUAAAAUUCAACAAAUGUUUUUGAUUAAAAA